AUGCCAACUGAUCUGAUCUACGUUGCUGCAGCUUGCAAUAGGUUCAACCAGGCAGGCGAUGUCUCUCCGUCCACCUCGUUAAUCGCUUUUGGGUCGUCCAGCUUGGUGGCACUUUGGGAUCUCAGUAGUCCAGACGAUAAUGGAGUAAUGAAAACACUGCCAGACUUCAAGGGCUCAAUAACUUGUGUCAAAUUUCUGGCGAACGAAAUUUUGAUAGCUGCCAAUGAAGCUGGAAUGUUAAAUUGCUGGAGGAAAAAAUCCUUGGACUCUGAGUGGACCCUUACUUCAACGGAUCAAGCUCAUUCAGCGUCGAUAUCUACUCUCUCUGUUCAGGGAGCCCGUAUCGUAACAGGGUCUUCGGAUUCUUCAAUCAAAAUAUGGAAAUACACCCAGGGUGUAGAUAAAGAUGAUAUUAUCGAGUCACAGACAAUUCAACUUAAAGGAAAAUAUCCUCUUAUCUCAUCUAUGGCAUAUCUACCGCAAACAAACGUGUCGAUCUUGGCAGUCGGUGGAACCGAUACAUUCGUGCGGUUAUGGGUCUGCUCGGAUGAUGAGUAUCUAUUAUCUGCUACGCUAGCUGGCCAUGAAGAUUGGAUUCGAAGUUUGGCUUUUAAGAGUCCAGGAACCGAAGAUGCUCCAUUAAUAUUGGCAUCAGGCUCUCAAGAUGCCACUAUCAGGCUUUGGAACAUAGAGCCGUGGAAAAAGACCACAAAUUCCAAGGAUAAGAUUCGAUCAUCCGAAGCAAUAGAUGUACUUUUGGAUACCUUUGAGGAUUCUCUGGGUGAUCUCGGAGAGAACGAAGAAGGAGGUAGACAAAUAUCGCUCAAGCACCACAUUUUAACCGUCAAGGUCGACUCAGAAAGUUCACAGCAAUUUUCAGUCACCUUUGAUGCUCUUCUAGUGGGACAUGAAGCCGGCGUUACUUCUCUCUCAUGGCGUCGCGAUAUAUCCACAAUUCCCACUCUGCUAUCAACCUCUACGGAUUCAUCCGUCAUUCUUUGGUCGCCUUCGAGCAUUAAUUCAUCUAUAGAUGCAUCAGCUUCUAUUUGGAUUAACCGUCAACGAUUUGGUGACGUUGGGGGACAAAGGCUUGGUGGUUUUGUUGGAGGUCUUUGGGCACGGGAUAGUCUCGAAGUUUUAGCCUGGGGUUGGGCGGGAGGUUGGAGGAGAUGGUCAUGUAGCUCACCUACGAUGGUUGAACCUGCUGAUGAAAAGUGGAAUGAAAUAGGCGCGAUUUCUGGCCACAGUGGGCCCAUUAAAGGUCUUGACUGGAGUCCGGAUGGAAAAUAUAUUAUCACAACAGGUCUCGAUCAAACCACACGAAUCCAUGGACCAGUUCACAAUUCAGCAAACAAGACAUCAUGGCAUGAAAUCGCUCGACCUCAAGUUCAUGGAUACGACCUGCUAAAUGUGGUGUUUGUGAAUCCAUUGAAAUUUGCUAGUAUAGCAGACGAAAAAGUUGUUCGAGUGUUUGAAGCCCCUCGUGGGUUUGUGCAAUUGACAGAAAAACUUGGCGUUGCCCAGUUUUCUGAAGAAGAGCACAAACGGCCCGUAGGCGCAAAUGUACCGGCUUUGGGGUUAUCUAACAAAGCAAUCAGCGAAGAAUUGGUUGGAAACGUAGAUCUUUCCAGGAGGCCAUUUGAGGGAGAGCUCGCUUCUAUUACACUAUGGCCUGAAACAGAAAAAGUCUUUGGACAUGGAUACGAGUCUAUAACACUGGGUAUUUCGAGUUCAAGAGAACUUAUUGCAACAGCCUGUAAAUCGACCAGCGCUGAGCAUGCAGUCGUUCGUGUUUACGACACCAAGAAUUACAAAACAGUCGGCGAGCCUCUUCACGGGCAUAUUCUAACCGUUACGCGGAUAGCUUUCAGCCCCGAUGACAGGCAUAUUUUAACAGUAUCGAGAGAUCGUUCGUGGAGACUUUUCCAGGUUCAACAAUCAGGAGGUUAUGUUCCUGUCGCGGCUGAUAAAUCUCAUGGUCGCAUCAUCUGGGAUUGCGCAUGGUCAGCAGAAGGUGACAUUUUCGUCACUGUAUCUCGCGACAAGACAGCAAAGAUUUGGCAGCAGACAGACGACAGUUGGAAGGCAGUAACGACUAUCAAGUUAGCCCAGCCUGGUACUGCAGUAGCGAUCGCUCCGGCGAGGGAUGGAAAAAGACGAAUGGCAAUCGGACAAGAAAAUGGUGAAAUUUUGAUAUACUCCGGCAUCACAAGUUCUGCAAAUUGGGUGCACGAUGAGACUAUCAGCUCAAGGGUAGCACACGUUACUCACAUUCAUCGAAUGGCAUGGCGUCCAUCAUCUCAAGGUUCACCUGAAGAACUGGCAACAUGUAGUGAAGAUGGUACAUUGAGGAUCUUAAUAGUUCGGUCGGGUGAAUUAGACGGCUCCAACUAA